AUGCCGACCGGGAAGUUAGCCAAAUGGCAAAUGCUGUUGAGUGAGUUUGACAUCAUGUACGUGACUCAGAAGGCAAUAAAGGCACAAGCUUUGGCUGAUCAUCUUGCGGAAAAUCCCAUUGACGAAGAGUAUGAACCUCUCAAGACAUAUUUUCACAAAGAAGAAUUGUCAUUUGUGGGUAAAGAUAUUUCUGAAGCGUACCCAGGUUGGAGAUUAUUAUUUGAUGGAGCGGCGAAUCACCAGGGUAAAGGUGUUGGAGCAGUCUUCGUAUCAGAAUCUGGUCAGCACUAUCCUAUGGCAGCUAAACUACGAUUCAACUACACAAACAACAUGGCUGAAUACGAAGUUCAAGGAGAAUGGGUCGUGAAGAACCCAAAGAUUGUACCUUACGUGCAAUAUGUGCAAAAUCUGUGUAAAAGGUUUUGCAAGAUCGACUUCAGACAUACUCCCAGAAUACAAACUGAAUUAGCUGACGCUCUUUCCACCAUCACUUCGAUGAUCUAA